UUUCUAGGUAAGUCAACCUGCAAAUGCCCUUCUUUUCUGAAAUGAGCUUGGGUUGGGAUUCUGUCACUUCAACCGAAAGGACCUCAGCCAUGCAAUGUUGCAAUAUCGAAGUAGGAUGGUCUAGGCUUUAUGAGUGGCAGACUGAGGCGGAGCAGGAAGAUGGAGGCUUUCUGGCUCCCAACAGGUGGAAGAGGGGAGUCUCCGGGGUGGCCAGAUACAUCUACAGACUCACUUGCCCCUGGACUGUUCUCCAAAACCGCCGCAGAGGUGGGACUCCGACCCAUCUGAGCCUCUUCCUGACCUGGACCACCUGGGACAGCUGUGUUUACAGCAUCUGGGCCCUUGAGCAUGAGUGUCCCACCUCCCCGUAGGAUCAGGCCCCUGGGAAGGCAGGGGCCGAUUCUCUUUCUUCCCUCUGUGGCAGUCCCCCCAUCCCAUCACAGAGCGCCAUAGACGACAGGCUGUGGCCGUCGGUCUGGGGGUUCGAGCCCCCAGGCCCCACUCCACCCACUCCGAGGAUUGGCUUGGUGGGGCCGGUGCUGGCUCCCAGAGGCUGCAGGGCUCUGGAAGGAAAGGCCUUCUGCAGAGCAGGGCCCCUGUAGCCUGGCCGCCUGACCAGCCUGUGGGGAGGGAGGCGGCGGUGGGAAGCCCCUUGCUCUGCUGGUGCCCCUCCCAACGUCCAGGGCCUCUUUACCCGGCAUUUCUCUGCUGCUGUGACUGUGCCUGGACCUCGAGCUCAGAGAAAAGGCUGUUGCUGCCGGCUCAGCUGAAACCGCCUGGUGCUUUCUAUAGAAUCUUUGUGAGGAGCUAUCAUAGAAGGGACUGUUAUCAAAGAAUUAAUUGCGGAAACUAAGGACUGCACAAAAAUAAUUAGUUCCAAACAAUGGGUGUCCAGCCCUGAGAAUUCCAGUGGGAGUGGUGGCGAUCUACCCGGGUCUGUGGGCCUAGCCUGGGGUCACCGUACAUCGUGGCCUGUCUCCCUUCCUCUCCGGAUCCCUCACCCCAGGCCACAUGCCUCAAGGGACAUCUGGGAUGGAGGAAGCCAAGGGUUGGGCUGAAUCCUUCCUCACCAAACAUGGACACGAUGCCUGGCACCCCCGCCGAGAGUGGUCUGUGGUCCUCUCCGGUGAUCACUACAGUGUCUCUGAGAUAUCACUGUCCCCAUUUCCCAGAUGGGAAAACCGAGGCUCCAAAUGGCUAAGAAACAUGCCCAAGUGUCUGAACCUGCAGGCAGCGGGCUGGGGCUCAGGCCUGGGUCUGUGUGGCCUCCUUAGUCAGUGGGGAGUGGGUGUGAGGGAAGCCCAGGUGACACUGGCACGGCAGAACACACAGGACAGCAGGUACAGAGGAACCCGCACCGAGGGACCCCACCCACAGGCAGCAGCGGCAUCUGCGGCAGGGAGAUUUGCCUCUGGGCUCCCCGCACUGUCCCAUGAGUUGUCCAAGGACUGGGACCUGGGGUUGGGAGGGACACACAGCAGCCGUUGGCUGUGUUGCCAUGACACGACAGAGGUUCCAGCCACCAGCACAGGCCGCCUGUCCCGGGGAGACAGUCCUAUUUGUGACAUCUAUCUCAGCCUGAAUCGGGGAGGCAGUCCUGUUUGUGACAUCUGUCUCAGCCUGAAUCGGGGAGACAGUCCUGUUUGUGACAUCUGUCUCAGCCUGAACUGGAGAAGGCUUCCUACAGCAGAAGCAGGCCCAGAGCAAGGGCAUCCCUGAUUCAGGAGGAAGCUGGGUGCCGAAGGUCACCAGCAGGCACUGUGGACCCAGCCUUUGAGCUUGGACCCCGCCUGGCCCACAAAGCCCCGUGCUGCUUCCCAGGGCCCACGCGCAGGUUCCCAGACCUCCAGCUGCACCCUGGAGGGGGUGAGGGGGGCUCACUGUGUGGCGUGUGCCAGGUGGAGGGGCUGGCGUGGGACAGAGGGAUGGAGCUCGGGGGAAGACCAGCAGAUCCCUGGACACACGGGGUGAGGCUGGGCUGUCUCAGAUAGGCAGGACUAAAAGCAAGACAAGCAAGACGGAAGGGCUCAAGACUGGAGCAGCCAGGAAAUUCUGUCCAAGCCGAGUCCCUGGGUUUGCGAGACUUCACUCCACCUCACAGGGGUCGUCUGGGUUUGUGGUCUCUGGCCAGGAGGGUGCGGGAGCCUCUCUCUUCCAGCUCAGGUUCGGGCCACACCAGAAAGGGAAGGGCAAGAGCACCCCCUCAACCCAGAGGACCCCCAGAUCAAGAGACCACCCAGGCUACAAUCAACUCUGAUGGCGCUUUUAAUCACCCCAGCAGGAAUGGCGACUGUAAACAGACAUUCAGCAAUUCCCAGUGACACACAUACCUCCCGGGCAAAACCACGUUUCCAUAAACCUUGCAGAAAUGACUUGGAGAGCUGGCUGAGCGAGGGCCGCCUGGACAGCAGUGUGCAGACGCCGUGUCCUCAGCACCCCCACACUCAGCUGUCCUGCGAGCCCCAGCCCCUGGAACACUCCAGCUGCCUCUCCACUUGUCUGGCGGGAUGUUUCCUCCCGGUGCCCUCAUCACCCCACACCCACCCUCUUCUCCCGGGCUCCCGAUGGCUCCCCCCACCACUUGCUCUGCUGAUGGGUACAUUCUCCCCAGGUCUGGCUGUGAAGCCAUCCUGGGUGCCUCGGUUUCCCCUGCUGGCCAGGCAGUCACGCACCUCAGUGGGAAUGCCACUCUCUGCCGCCACCCAGCCUGGCUCAGUGGGACGCCUGCACUUUCCCAAGUUGCGUUCCUCCAGCCCAUUCUCUGGACACUCGGAUGAGAACAAGGCUACUGGCCAAGGGUGUAAGAACAGGGAUCAGCCUCAGAGACCAUCCCAUCUCUGUGAGUGUCCUGAAGCUGCCAAGCAAAGUGCCACCAAUGGGGUGGCUGAGACCAACAGAAGUGUAUUCCCUCUUGGUUCUGAGGCCAGAAGCCUGAGCUUAAGGCGUCAGGAGAGCCAGCCCCGCUCUGGCAGCUCUAGAAGAGAAUCCGUUUCUUGCUCUCCCAGCUUCUGGUGUUGCUGGCAACCAUUAGCAUUCUUGACUUGUGGCUGCGCUGCUCCCAUCUCUGCCCCCGGGGUCACGCGGCCUUCUCCCCGGCCUUGCUGUGUGUCCCCUCCUCUUGUAAGACUCCAGUCACUGGGUUUAGGGCCCACACAAAUCUAGUAUGACCUCACCUUGACUUAAUCACAUCUGCAAAGGCCCUUCUUCCAAAUAAGGUCAUGUUCCCCAUUUCUGGGUAGAUGUAAAUUUAGGGGAGCUGCUAUGUAGCCCAGUGCCAUCCUCCUACAAACCCCAGGAUGGCCGAGGAAUCCAGUCUCAACUGAGAUGCAUCAGGCUGCUUAGGAUCAGAGCCCGGACCAUACUGAGCACUCACAUUCUCUCCUAAUAUUCUUUCAAGCAUUCCAGCAACAUCUAUUCCUGGAAACCCCAGGUCAAUCCCCCACCACCAGUGUUGCUGUUGCCUGGAGAAGAAAAUGCUCCAGACCCCUCCUUCCCAGCCUGCUGGGUUCCCUCCAACCCAGGCCCAGCCCCCUUCUCCAGGGAUUGAUAAGACGCCAUUUCCAGAUAUAUUGUUAAGUGGCAAAAGCAGACGGCAGUACGCAGUGACACAUCUUUUGUGUAAUAAAGUGUAAAGAUAUGUAUAUGUGCGUGUUUAUUUAUAGAUGCGAAAGAAAAGCACUGGAAAGAUAA